AUGGAGGACGACAUGCUUUGGAGAGAAAGUGGUUCCACCACAGAGUUUGUGGAAAAGGACGAUAAAGAUCUCUACUUUGCUCCAGAAAAAAAUAAUGUCAUAUUUGCAUCUGCCAUCGACGGCUGGGCAUUCAGCGUCAACACAUUCGCCAAAAUCUACCUGGCAAAGUUGGGUUUUUCUCAUACCGUCUUGUCUAAAACUCUCUGGGGUGAUUUCUACCUUGACAUGAAAAACAAAAAAAUCAUCCCUGGGCCCAAAUUGAAGCCCAAUCAGUCGUCGCUCAAGCCACUCUUUGUGGGUCUCAUUUUGGAACAGAUAUGGAUGAUAUACCAGAAUUGUGUUGUGGAGCGGAACCAGGACCGGCUCGAAUCUAUCAUUGAAAAAUUGGGUGCAAAAAUUGGUCCAAGAGAUUUGCGUUCGAAAGAUUCCAAGCAACUUUUAAACUUGAUUAUGUCUCAAUGGAUUCCUGUCAGUCAUGCUUUGCUUGGUACGGUUAUCAACUUUCUUCCGAGCCCAAUCGAUGCUCAGCAGCAGCGGAUGCACAAAAUUCUUUCUGAGUGUUUGUUUGACGUUUGCUCUGAGCAGCCUAAAAAUGAAGUUCUAAGCGAAGAAAAUGAAAGAGCCAUAGUAGAGUGCGACAAGACAAGUCCAAACGUCCUUGCUUAUGUGUCCAAGAUGGUUUCUGUUCCCAAUGAAGAGCUCCCUAAAGAUAUUGAACCGGGUUUGACUGCCGAAGAAUUCAUCCAGCGAGGAAGAGAGGCACGAGAACUAGCCAAGAAAGCGUCGGAAGCAGCAGCAGCGUUGCGCGAGGCCACCAUGGAAGAAGAGAAGCCAGCGGAGAAAAAAGACCCAUUCGAGUGGGAAUUUGAGGAAGACGACUUUGAGCAAGAAUCAGAUGACGACGAGGAUGUUCCUUCUAACGAAACACUUAUUGCUUUUACGAGGGUUUUCUCGGGUCUGCUCAAGGUGGGUCAGACAAUUGUUACAGUUGGGCCCAAAUACGAUCCUUCUUUGCCCAUCGACGACGCUCAGAAUCAAGACCUGGUGAAAGAGACGGUGAUCAAAGACCUUUAUUUGAUUAUGGGCCGUCUGUUUUUGAAGAUGGAUGAAGUUCCAGCGGGAAAUAUUGUUGGAGUUGUCGGUCUUGACGACGUUGUGUUGAAAAGUGCCACCAUAAGCUCACCUUUGACAACACCAUACAUCAACUUGGCAUCUACAUCGACCUUGAUUCACAAUGAACCCAUUCUCAAGAUUGCAAUUGAACCAACAAACCCUGCCAAGCUAAACAAAUUGGAGCGUGGUUUGGCACUCUUGUCGAAAGCUGACCCUGUUUUCGAGUGGUACAUUGACGACGAGACAGGAGAGUUGAUUAUGUGUGUUGCUGGUGAGCUUCAUUUAGAACGGUGCUUGAAGGAUUUAGAAGAACGGUUUGCCAAAGGAUGCGAUGUUUCUGUGAAGGAGCCGGUGAUUCCUUUCAGAGAGGGCCUUCUCAGCAACAAGUCUGAGAGCACCUACAAGAAAUUACCAGAGAACUACACUGUCGAAGGUUUAGACUUGGAGUUAGAAGUGUUGAAGUUGCCGGUGGAAAUUACCAACUUUUUGAUUUCUCACGAGUCUGAUAUCUCGACUUUGGUGUUUGGAAAGCACGAUGCCAAGGUUCGUGCACGGACGUCUCUUCGGCGGGAAUUUUUAGGUGCUGUCGACGGCAUUACCGAGUUCAAAAAAGACAUUUUUGACGGCUGCGAAAUCGACACUUGGGAGUCGUUUUUGGACCUUAUUGUGUCCAUGGGACCCAGAAGAGUGGGACCCAAUCUUUUGGUGGAAACAGCACUGAACGGCUGCAAAUUCGGGCGCAUUUUUGGUGAUGGUUCUUCGAUAUCUUCACGGUUUGAGUACGAGAACAAUGUGAUCAACGGGUUCGAACUCGCAGUCAACAACGGACCGCUUUCUUCGGAGCCCAUGCAGGGAGUAUUGGUGAUUAUCAAGCGGUCCAAUUUUGAAGCUGACGAUGGUUCGUUGGUCAAUACUUCUGGCAGGGUGUACCGAGUAACUAGGGACUUGAUACACACACAUUUCUUGUCCAAGUCGCCCCGUUUAUUGUUGGCAAUGUACACGUGUGACAUUCAAGCCAGCGGAGAGGUUUUAGGGCGAGUAUAUGCCGUGGUUCAAAAGAGAGGAGGGUCGAUUAUUUCAGAGGAGAUGAAAGAAGGCAGUCCAUUUUUCACCAUUGAGGCUCGAAUUCCGGUGGUGGAAGCAUUUGGGUUUUCGGAAGAGAUCCGCAAGAAGACUUCUGGAGCAGCGAGUCCACAGCUCGUUUUUGACGGCUUUGAUUUCCUCCAAACCGAUCCGUUCUGGGUGCCUCAUACCGAGGAAGAAUUGGAAGAGCUUGGCGAAUUUGCCGAAAGAGAAAACGUUGCCCGAAGAUACAUGAACAAUGUUCGGCGUCGGAAGGGGCUUUUCGUCGACGAAAAAACCGUGAAAAAUGCAGAAAAGCAGAGAACACUUAAGAAAGACUAG